GACGAAGCACUUUCGGACGCUGGAAAAAUGUAAGGAAACUUUCCCUAUUCGAAAUAAUAAUAUUCGAGCGGCCUUCGAGUUGUUUUCGACAUUUCGACAUUUCAUUUAUACGCGAUCAAAUUCGAUUUGCGUAUUUUUACGAGCGAGUACGAGCCAGUUAAAGAGAACGAGGCAUAUAUCGAUAAAGAUGCAAACAUUGCAAAGAUCGUGCCGCGGGACGAGAGCCAAGGGAUCCUCCGUCCAACUCCCGACAACUACGACGACGACGACGGCGAGGGAGAAGCGAGAAGAGAGCCAAUGUGCCGCGGGGGGCGAACGAGUUGCGGGGGAGGCAACGGUGUAGCAUAAAGGUGACUCCUCGCGGCCAAGACAUCCCAUAUACCACUUAGCAUCUCGUUCGGUUCGGCAAAAUCUCCUCCGCGCGCGGUAGACACUUCUGUCCCAGUCUGUCUUAAUUCCUUAUGCGCGCUGAUAAGGUGACGUACUUGUGAUUCCUUCUCAAUCGCGAUGAGAGGGUAAGCCGACGACGACGGCGACGGCGACGACGGUGCCGACUGAUUUUCACGUGUGACUUCCCGGGGUUUGAAAGUGGAUCGAGGAAACGGAAGUCGGGCAACGGAAAUCGCGAGUGGACCUCUCUUCUCUUUCUCCUCUGCUAUCGUUCUGUGAAUCGUUGUUCUUUUACGCUAUUAUUUUUCCGUACCAUUUGCACUUUGUAUUACUUUCGUAUUAUUCUUUCUGUUACUUUUCCUUUGUUUUUCUUUUUUAUACGAUUAUUCCGUUUAUUCGUACUAGUUUUUACUAUCUAGCGCUAUCUUGUUUUAUUUUCUGUUUUUGUUGAUUGAUUGUCAACUGUUCGUUCUUAGAGGGCUUGCUCUAGAACGCCAAUAAACGCUCUAUCUAUUUAUCAAUCUAUUCUCGCGAUACACGUGACGGAUAUCCAUGACGAUGAUGACGAGAAGCGCGCCGGGCCGCUUCCUAGUGCUGCUGCUGUUCUCGCUGUCGUUUCUCUGCGACGUUAACGAAGCUCACCCGAAGUUGGAUCUCCAGCUCGAGGACAGGGAUGGCUUCGAGCAAGAACUCGAAGAGCUGUCCUUCGUUCAACCGACGAACGAGAACGACCUAGUGCCCCGACGAGAGGAGGCCCUACAGAAGAUUCAAGAGAUCCUCGGUAUUCGGAAUCAGAACGAGAAUCUGGCUCAACGUAAGGUACCGCCGCAAUUCAUGAUGGAGCUGUAUCACACCAUCGCCGAUCCCAGCGGGGCCACGCGAGGCCAAAAUCCUUACAACGCCAGGGUCGUCCGCAGCUUCGUCGAGAGAGACCCUUUCCUGUCGCACUUCUACUUCUUCAACGUCUCGGGGCUGGAGAUAAACGAAUCCGUAUUGGAGGCUGAGCUACAUCUCUACCGGAAGAAAACGCCGCCGAGGAACGUGCGUCUACCGCUGUCCACAAGUCCCUAUUAUCGGAUAAGAGUGUAUCAAGUCCUGGAUAAUCGCAGCCUCGACGUGCCGAAUCUUCACAGAUUGCUGAACGUCCGUUACGUCGGCGCGCACGCUUCCGGUUGGCAGAUAUUCAACGUGAAACAAGCCGUUCUCGGAUGGAUAAGCGGCGAGCCGAAUUUAGGCUUGCUAGUGACAGUUCAGAAUAUGUUUGAGGAUGAGGUGCCGAUAGAGUUUUCUCGUCGAAACAAUUAUCAUCACAGCAAGCAGCCGAUACUGGUGCUCUUUGAUGAUGACAGUAAUGAUUUCCUAUUCAGUGGAAAGCCAGUAGACGCACCGCGAUAUUACGAAUAUGGAAAUCAGGACGACGACAAGAGCAGCCAUGGGACGGAUCCUGCGUAUGAAAAAGAUUCGGAAAACGAGGAAAUUGAUCUAGAGAACGGUUACAAUGGCGCCGAGCAUUACAGGAGGCGCAAGAGACAACAGGAAGUCGGCGGUCAGCCCGAGAAGGUUUCGUUGGUGAGCAGACGCGAAUCGGAACUCUUCCAGCGGCAAAAGAGAAGACGCAGGGAAGAGGAGGAGGAUCGGGACGAGACUUUACGUUACGGAGAUCCUCUAGAAGCGACGAGGCGCCGUCGCCGCGAUGCAACGUCCUCCGGGGGACGCGGGUGCCGCCGGUGCGACAGCAUAGUGUCGAGGAAUCGCUCGCGGAUCGGGCGGAUCCUCACGUCGAUGGACAUCUACGAGAGAGCGAUGCUCCGCGAGCGAUUGGGACAAGUGGCGCGAGAUAGAUCGGCGAUGGGGCAGCGUCGUCGACCGGCACGGUCGGCGAGCGAGCAGACGGAGCAGCCGGGGAACGCGACCGAGUGCACGAGGCACGAGCUCUACGUGGACUUCCGCGACAUCGGGCUGUCGUCCUUCAUAAUCGCCCCGGCCGGCUACUCCGCGUACCAGUGCAAGGGCGUGUGCGAGCCGCCCCUCAGCCAGGAUCAGCGGCCGACGAAUCACGCGACGAUACAGGCGAUCAUGCACAAGAUGACCAAGGACGUUAAGAGGCCGUGCUGCGUGCCGACCAAGUUGCUCAGCACCAGCAUCCUCUUCUUCGACGACAACGAGAACGUCGUGCUCAAGAUGUACAAGGAUAUGAUCGCGGACCGUUGCGGGUGUCGUUAGGAGCGAAACCUGAUUGCGAUACGCCGCGAGGAGACGCGUGUCGGCCGUGAUUAAACGCUGCGUGAAGGAAAUGGCGAUGUCUAGAGGGCGGGAAAGGGAGAAACGUGAAAAAGGUAAAUAGAGAAUGAUUCGCGUGUUCGAUUAAUCCUUUUCUGUAAUAAAAGAAACUGUCGCGAAAUUAUUUACCCCUAUGUGUUACAAUAUGGCCAUAGCUGUGCAGGCAACGCCUUAUCCUCAAAAUUAUAAUUUUUGAUUUAUUGUAACAAUCAGUGGGUAAUCGUGAAAAUAAAAACGCAAUCUAAUGCGUUUCUAUUGACUUAAUUUUGGUUCUACGUUGCGUUAGAAAUGAAUUAAUGCCUCAAUAAAAACUGGACCACUGAUGAUCACAGUUAUAGGACUAUGAAUCAUAACAACUGAUAAAAACAACUGAUUCCAAUUUAGAGAGAACGUGACGAUCGACAAGCCAUACGCAGCUACUUCGUACAUAAGAACAUUCCCAAGUGCGCGCAUAGUAGUAUGUACCACGUAUAGAAUUAACGUAUAUAAUGAUAACGACGUGUAUCCGUAUUAGUGUAUUGUUAGGUCGUAGUGCCAUUAAAUUAUUGAUACAAUCGUAAACGCGUAGGACGACAUUCAGCAGUAUGUGUGUGUGUGUGUGUGUGUGCGUGUGCGUGCGUGUGCGCGUGUGUGCGCGUGUGUGUGCGUGUGCGUGC